UAACAGCAACUACCAGAAAUGAUUGAAUCACUGGAUUGAGGUGGCGUUCACGGGAGGCGGCAGGCGGUCUUUUUUAUUCUCUUUCUUUUUUUCCCCCAUUCUCCUACUUUAUACUUGUGUUUUACUUCUCUCCCCCCAGCCCAUUCUCACUCACAUCCUAACGACUCGUCUGUGAAUGACAUCGGGACGGAUGAACUUUUCAUGCAUCUUGCUAUGGCGUCAUCUGUGUUCUUUCUAUUUACCCUCUGGUCGAUCUUCGCGAAUUCACGUUGCCUUUUUCUUGUUCCUAUGGCGUACUUCCUUUUUCCUCUUCUCUUCUUUAAUGCUCCCUUUCGCUUCUCCCUUUCUUUCUUUCUGUCUUCUCUAACUCGUGAUGAACCUUCUUCUAUUUUCUUUUUUUUCUUCCCUAUUGAGGUGUUUUCCUGCUUACUGCUUGCUUACAUCUUGACUUUGAUGCUUUUUCCCUGCUCGGUUUAUGCUGGUUGUUCAAUUUGAACAUGGAAAUACCCACUUGGGCAAAGUAGUGUCGGUGCGAAAUGAAUUAUGAUUUGGAUCUGUGGGC